AUGAAAAUAAGCAAUGUUAGUGAGGGAUUAAUUAAGAUUGAAGAUGCAAUAAGCUCUAAAAGGGUUCUUCUUGUUCUCGAUGAUGUGGAUCAUAUGGACCAAUUAGAUGCAGUAUUUCAAGUGAAAGAUCGAUUUUAUCCAGGAAGUAAAAUCAUCAUAACAACUAGGCGUGCAAGAUUGUUAAAGGCUCAUCAAAUUACUGAGGCGUAUGCAGUUGGAACUUUGACUCAAAAAGAAUCAUUGGAGCUCUUCAGUUGGCACGCUUUUGGCCAAGACCAUCCUGUUGAAGAUUACAUAGAAUAUUCAGAGAAGCUAGUCGAUCAUUGCGGAGGACUUCCAUUAGCUCUCAAAGUUUUAGGUUCUUCUUUGUUGGGGGAAAGUGUAUGUCUAUGGAAAAGUGCAUUGGAGAAGUUAGAAGUUAUUCCAAAUGGUGAAAUAAUAAAUAAACUAAGAGUAAGCUAUGACUCUUUGCAAGAUGACCAUGACCAAAAAUUAUUCCUCCACAUUGCUUGUUUCUUUAUCGGAAUGGACAAAGAUUACAUUGCUAAAAUACUAGAUGGAUGUGAUUUCUAUACAAUUGUUGGCAUUCAAAAUCUCAUCGAUAGAUGUUUGGUGAUUAUUGAUGGAUGGGACAAGGUGCGGAUGCACGACCUGAUUCGUGGAAUGGGAAGAGAAAUUGUUCGCCUAGAAUCAAAGGAGCCUUGGAAGCGUAGUAGAGUAUGGCAUCAUAAGGACUCUUUCAAAAUCUUGACAGAAAAGAAUGGUACUGAAACAAUUGAAGGUCUUGUCCUGGACAUGCACAUGUACCCUACUAUAAACUCAAAUGAGAAAGUCUUGGAAACCAAUGCAUUUUCACGGAUGCAGGAACUAAAACUACUCCAUCUUAGUCAUGUAAAACUCCGCGGAUGUUACGCAAAAUUUUGUAGUGGACUAAGAUGGUUGUGUUGGUUUGAAUUUCCUUUAGAUUCUAUACCUGCCGAUUUUCCUGUGGGAAGCAUUAUUGUUCUUGAAAUGCAAUACAGCAAUCUGAGACAAGUAUUCAAGGGAACAAAAUAUCUUCCGUCCUUGAAGACCCUUGAUCUCAGCCAUUCUCAUUCCCUUACAGAAACCAUUGAAUUCUCAUAUUGCCCAAAUCUAGAGAAAUUGGUUCUAGUAGACUGCACGAGCCUGAUUUAUCUCCAUGGAUCCAUUGGAAACCUAGAGAGACUUACUUACUUGAAUAUGAAAGAUUGCAAAAAGAUUAGGUUGCUUCCCAAGAACAUUUGUAUGCUAAAAUCACUUGAAACAUUUAUUAUAUCUGGUUGCUCAAAUCUAAAGGAGUUAUCAAUUGAGAUGUUGAGGAACAUGGACUCGUUAAAAGUGCUUGAGACAGAUGGAAUUCCGAUAAAUUGCAUUUCAUUGGAGAAAAUGACAUUUCAAUCCCGUCACGUAGAGACAGCCAUAUCAUUUAAUCACAGCAGCCUAGUUGAGUGGCAGUACAAGUUCAAGUUACAAGCCAUCAUUGGAUUGUGCAACUUGUUGGAAUCAAUGGCACCCAUUCUACAAAAGGAUGAUCCAAUUCCCGUCCAGGGACUAUACGAAUGUCGUAUAUUCAGCACAUUUUUUGGUGGGAAUGAGGUUCCAGGCCAAUUCAGCCAUAAAAGCAGAGGGUCCUCAAUAUCUUUUACUGUGCCAUUACUUGAUAAUCACAGAACUCGAGGCUUGAUUGUCUUUGUUGUCUAUGUGAAUGCUGGCUAUGAUUCUCCUAUUGUCCACCACAAUUAUUGGCCACAUAUAAUAGUCAAAAAUAAGAGCAAGGGUCUGUCGAAGGUGUAUGACCCAUCACACUACGGUAUUCCAGGUGAAGGAGAAGACAUGAUAUGGUUAAGCCACUGGAGUUUGGAGGAUGAGCCUUUACAAGGGGGCGAUGAAGUGGUUGUUUCUGUAAUUAUGAAAUCUGGGCUUCUGGUAAAGGAGUUGGGCAUCCGACUUGUGCAGGUGCAACAAGAAGAGAAUCAUAAUAUGAUGAGUAUUUCUACAGAUUCUUCUUAUGAUCGAUUAUCGUUCAAUAUGAUCCUUGGGGACUCUGAUGAAGAAGACGAAGAAGAAGAGCCACAGGAUGAUAUCACAGUUGCAACCACUACAGGCAGCAAUAACUCCGGCGGCCUCGGUGGCUGGAAGGUGCUCGCAGCUUGUUUCUGUUGUCCCGUUGGUAUGAAAAUGUAG